CACAAUCACACAAGGACAUAUUUGUAAGGGCUAGGUAUCGAUCACGUACCCCGGAAGUAACAGGUAAUGGGUGCUGAUCGCAGUGGCCCCUCGGAAGAUGUUAGGCAAAGCCGACAGAUAUCGAUCCGCGUACCGAGAACACCAAUCGGUACCGAGUUGGCAGAUGAUUCCACAGCGGAGGAGCCUUUGAGCCCAACCGCGAGACUCAUGGAGGGUAUCUGCAUCGUCGUCAUGAUCGGUUUGGACGCCCCCCUAAACCUACCGCUACUGCGUGCCGGCUUCGAGGCUCAACUUCGCCAUUACCCGCGCUUCCGGAGCAUCCAAGUGACGGAUGGGUACAAGGAUGGAGAACCGCGGUGGGUGCGCACGACGGUGAAGUUCGAGGAGCACAUCACAUUUCCGACGCUGGAUCCCGACGCCGUGACGAUGGACCCAGACAAGGUCGUGGAGGACUACGUAGCAACGCUGCCUACGCUUCCCAUGGACGGCAGCCGACCACCAUGGGAGCUCCACCUUCUCGACUUCCCGACCUCGGAGGCGACUUCCACCGUCGUGAUGCGCGCGCAACACUCCCUGGGCGACGGCAUGUCUCUGAUGGCAUUCCUCAUGGCGUCUGCGCGUAGCGCCGCUGAUCCGACCAGCUCGCCGGCCAUGUUGCCGACGGCCAGACGCGCUGGCGCCCUGUACGCGCGGUCCGCGGGAGCCACGGCGUUCAUCGCCUGGGUUUGGUCGGGGUUCGUGCUCUCCUGGCACACCGUGGUGGACGUGGCCUUGUUCGUGGCGACUAUUCUGUUCCUGAGAGAUCCACGCACGCUGUUCAAGGGUGCGGAGGACAACGUACUACUAUCACACGGCAAGCGCUUCGCACACCGGACCCUGAGCCUCGACGACAUCAAGAUUGUGAAGAAUGCCAUGAACUGCACUGUAAAUGAUGUACUAGUUGGACUAACUUCUGCUGCACUAUCUCGAUAUUACUUUCGCAAGUCCGGUGACACAAACACUAGGAAAAUCAGUUUGCGGUCAAUCAUUGUGGCCAACAUAAGACAGAGAACUGGCCUACAAUCCCAUGAUAGCAUGGUAGAAUGUGGUAAAAGUAAUGAUGUUACAUGGGGUAACAAAUUGGGCUACAUCAUCCUUCCAUUUCAUAUAGCCAUGCACGAUGAUCAAAUGGCUUAUAUCCGUGAAGCAAAGAAGAUGGUGGAGCGAAAAAAGAGGUCACUUGAAGUGAUUAUGACACAAAAGAUCCUUGCGAUUUUCCUCAAAUGUUUUGGUCUCAAGGCAGCAGCCUUUAUCGCGCGGCGCGUGCUGGGAAAUACGACAUUAUUGUUCUCCAACAUGAUUGGACCAGUUGAUCGGAUAGAGUUAUGGGGGCAUACAAUUACCUUCAUUGCGCCAACCAUGUAUGGGCCAGGAGAGGGUCUGAUACUGAACUACCAAAGUUAUAGCAGCACUAUCAAGGUAGUUCUGUCUUUUGAUGAGGACAAGUUUCCGGAUUAUCAUCAUCUUUUGGAUGACUUUGCAGAGUCUCUCAGGCUCAUUAAAGACGCGGCUUCAAGGCUUCGUUCCAAGGUCGUGCCCGCAUGA